AGAAAGACAGAGCGAAACAAAUAUAUAGAAAAACAAGCUUGAAAGAGAAAGAGAGAGUGGGAAAAAGAUAGAAAGAGAAAUAAAGGCCACGCAACUACUACGACUACGACGAGGACAACGACUACGGUUAUAAACUGAGAAAGCAGGACAGAGGGAGAGAAAACGAGCGAGGGCGAGAGAGUAGUAAAUCGUAUGUACGAAGUGUAUAUAUGAUAUAUCGAAGCGAAAAGCAAGAGAAACAUUCGUGCACGGGUUAGCCUCGGGAGACCGGGUUAAAAGACUCGUUGUCGUCCUCCGAGCACACGUUUUGUCUGUCUUGUCAUCGACAGACAUAAGUGAAAUUUGCAUCUAGAAAUAUCGACAACGCGACAACAACGAUUACGACCACGACGGCGACGUAUUUGCCAUCGAGGAGGCACGGAUAUGCCUCGCUCGUCGGUGCUGUGACACGCGCCGCGCCGUGUGCUGGCUGAACCUCCCGGAAGAGAGCGUGGGCCUCCGUCUCAAAAUACUGUGCGGUUUCUACCGCACGCUCGAGAGCCAAGUAAGUGGAAUAAACACGCGUAAAUCGUUUUUUAAUAUCCGUUUGUUUCGUCCGAAAUGAAAAAUUUCUUUGCCUUGGGGAGUAGUAAUUAUUGUUUCGAAACACUACAUUCGAGUUCCCGUCCGAAAAGAACGUGUUUUACCGUGCGUGUUUUUUUCUAUCGUAAUCGUACGAAAGAUGUGCUUACUGGAGCGCAUAAACAGAAAGGAAAGAAUGGGAAAAAACAAAAUAAAAGAAAAAAAAUGAUCCGUUAUUUCGAGUUCAACCAAUUUGGUCGUCGAAAGUCGCUGGCAUCUUUUGCGAUCAAUCGCGAAAGCGUGCACUGAUUCUAGGUUUCCUCAUGACCGUGCCGGUAGCACGCCUAACUAGGGAUACUCUAGUCCCGGCUUGGCUCUUUAAACGGCUCUACGUAUUGCGUGCGAAUCGUGCGUUUCUAUGUGUGCGUAUCGGCAAGGAGUGGUGUGUGUGCGCGCGCUCGCAUAAUCGCGUUCCCUCAUUGUCUGCCUACUCGCGCUCACUCGCUCGCUCUCGUAUGCAUGGCCGCUUCGGUGCGUGGCGUACGGAUUAUAUCGCGCGUACGCAUUGCCGUGUUCAAUAAAAUCGGAAUUCGUUUGUUGUUUGGUCGUGGUCGAACGUUCUACGCGGUAUUAAAAAAUAAAAAUAAAAACAGAAAGAAAAAGACAACCUCUAAACCUUCGAUCUAUGUUAACAGCUGAUCGCGAACGAUUACUCUGUAUAAGCGAUGUAAAAUAGAUUCAUUAAUGCAAUAUAUAUAUAUAUAUUUUCCACUUUUCCACAAUGAUAAGAAAAAGAGAACGAUUAUUCAUUGAUAGACCUUGCAACCUGUGCAGUUUCUACAAGCGGAAGAAUGAAAAAAGGGGGACAGUAAGGUUCGUCGUUAACAUCUGGGGCCUGAAGCCUCAUACACACGAGAUUGUUAUAAACUAUAAAAAUGCCUCGAGUAAGGAGACAAGUGGUCUUAGAAGAUCCUGCUAGGCCUGUCACACCAGAUAUGGUGGAGACUAAAUUACUAAAGGAAGAAUUUUUAGAUGAGGGCUCUUUGGAUGAAGUACAAGCACAAAAAGUAGCUGAAGAAACACCAAGUCCUCAUCUUCAAGACCACCAAUAUGGACAAACACCUUGUUAUCAAGUAACAAGGAAACCUACACAACCACCACCACGAACUGAACAAAUUUCAGUUCAAGCAGUGAAACGAAGACUGAAUUUGGAAAUGGGAACUACAGGCCCUAGCCAAUCUGCUUUUAAAGCUCCUAGAGGUAAACGUAGAAAAUCUGGAUCAAGUUCUCUAGCUGGCCAUACACCUACAAAAAGUAAAACAGUAGAGAGAACGCGGUACGAUACAUCACUGAGCUUACUUACAAAAAAGUUCAUACAUUUAGUUGAAAGCAGUCAAGAUGGUGUUGUAGAUUUAAAUGUAGCAUCUGAAAAAUUAGAAGUACAGAAACGUCGUAUUUACGAUAUUACGAAUGUAUUGGAAGGUAUAGGUAUUUUGGAAAAGAAAAGUAAAAACAAUAUACAAUGGAAAGGCGGUCAAUUACCAAAUGAAAGGAACGAUAUCGCUGAUCUCAGAAAAGAAGUGGCAGAUUUAGAAGCUAAAGAAAAUACUUUGGAUCGAUUAAUUCAUGGUGCAGACAAAAAUCUUAGGGAGCUCUGUGCAGACAGACAAUACGCUUAUGUAACGUAUCAUGAUUUACGUUCUGUCCCAAUGUACAAAGACCAAGCUAUAAUGGCAGUGAAAGCUCCACCAGAAGCUACACUUCAUGUUCCACAACCUAUUAAUAAUCUUGGUCAACAAAAGCUUCAAAUGCAUAUGAGGUCAUCUCAUGGUGAAAUAGAGGUAUUUCUUUGUCCUGAUGAUCCUGCAGUUAAAACGUCUCCCACUCCGGGUUACACGACGACGCAACCUGUGCCUUCGUCAAAAGAAUCCGAAAUACCUUGUCUCCCUCCUGAACUGCUGGCCAAUGGAGGAAGCGGGGUUCGGGUUGAACCAGUACCUUCUAUCGAAAGUUCGUUGAGUACUCGUUUGUGUACUCCGGUUAUAUCUACAGUUACCAGUUUAGCAGGCAUGAGGGACGCGCUUUUGUGUGAAUCCGAUGAUUAUGGACCAAUGGGUGGUGGCAAAUUCCAACUCCAAACGGAGGAUCAAAUUAGCACUCCAGAUCUAAGUAUUCUCGAUUUUGGUGAGCAUCUACUGUCCCUGGAACCGCCUCUUUCUGAAAACGACUAUUCGUUCUCGUUAGGCACAGAGGAAGGGCUUUCGGAUCUCUUUGAUUUCAAAUUCUAAAGGAUAUCGUCCUAAUUGUCGUCGUCGUGACACGCAACACUACAUUCACACGCAUACCUGUCUUUUUUUUUUUUUUUUUGGAGUAUACCACUCUGAGUUCGCCUCCUUAACAUUCGAAUGGAUAGCGAUCACUCGGUUAAUCCAAUAUUAAUACGCUUUUCUAUUUCAUACCGAUUAGCAAUUUUUAACAAUUAAGGGAACGAUCGAGCAGAGAAAUGUUAGAUUGUUUGAAUAGAAAUAGAUAGAAACAGGGAAAAUUUGAUAAUUACUUUUAAAAA